CACAAAAAGAUAAACCGAAAGGAAGUCUAAUUCAGAAGUGAAAAUCUCCCAUAUAUUAAUCUUUGUUUAGUUUGAAAACGUUCUUCACCAAGAUGCCGCCUGUGUAUAAAAGCCUCGCCGUUGUAGCUGUAGCAGCGAUGCUCUUGUGCAGUUUGGCUGAUGCAGAUACCUUUCCCGUUGGUGGUUCUUCCGGCUGGAGUUUUGACAUGGGCGGCUGGCCAAAUGGAAAAACUUUCAAUGCCGGCGAUAUUAUCGUGUUUAAUUACGAUCCAGCAGUACACAACGUGGUAAUUGUGACCAAGGAAAAUUAUGACUCAUGCACGCCAGUUGGGACUACGCUAAAUUCAGGACAUGAUCAAGUUACAUUAAGCAGUGGGACCAGCUAUUACAUUUGUGGCAUUCCUGGUCAUUGCGAUGCUGGCCAAAAAGUUACUGUCACUACUGUGUAAUUUUUCAUGGCUAGGAUAUACCGUAUGUGUACGACAAAAAAGGUUCAAAACCAUAUUUAUUUAUUUGAAUAACAAAAAUUACAGAUUAAAUACUUUGGACUUUAUUCAAUUUUUAAAUAUCAUCGAUCAGAUCUAUGGUUUUGUUUGGU